GUUCGAAUUACCCGCGUUACACUCCUAUAAUGUAGAGGUCGUUUUACGUUUUACUGCGGUUCUGUGAACAAGUUAUAUAAGUCGAGAAUAAUGGUGAAAGUAAUAAGAAAAGUGGCAAUUGCAGACGUCCUGAAAGACGUAUAUCAUAAACCUUUUUGGGAUCGAUUAAAGCACAUAUGGUCAGAGUUUCGAGAAUCUAACCAAGUAGUGGCAGCGUAUACACCUCUUGCUGUAAUGACAUGUAUACCUUUAAUUAUAGUAAUUUGGUAUGGGAAAGUUCAUGCAAAUCCUGUUCCAAAAUAUUACGAUCAUAUUAAGAUUUAUAGACCCGAUGAUCCACGUGCUGCACUUAUUAGAAAGGAUGAUUGUUUAAAAUAUUCCAUAAAUCAUAAGUUUGAUAGUGUAUAUAUACCUAGUGCCGUCUAAUUUUAUAUCAGACAGAAGGAAUAUAAUAAAUAAAUAUUUAUAGUAGUGUAAAUACAUACUGUACACGUAUUGCUGUACUAUUAUAAAUCAUUUUAUUGAGAAACAGCUGAACUAAGAUACACGAUUAGAUUAAAUAACUUUAAUCAACGUGUAACACUAUAUCUAUUAUGUAGUCCAUCUAAUGGUAUAAAUAAAUAAGAUUUAUUAAUA